UCCCCUCCAAAUUCAUGUGAUUCAGGUGGAUUCCAAUCCCCUCCAUAUCAUUGUGAUUCAGUGUUCCAAUCCCCUCCAUAUCAUGGUGAUUUUGUGAUUCAGGUGUUUCCAAACCCCUCCAUAUCAAUGUGAUUCAGGUGUUCCAAUACCUCCUCCAUCAUCAUGUUGAUUCAGGUGUUCCAAUCCUCCCUCCAUAAUCAUGUGAUUCAGGUGUUCCAAUCCCCUCCCAUAAUCAUGUGAUUCAGGUGUUCCAAUCCCCUCCAUAACAUGUGGAUUCAGGUUCCAGUCCCCACCAUAUCAAUCAGGUGUUCCCCCAU